AAUAAAAUAAAGUAUAUUUAUCCAAUCAUGUUGUUUACAAAUUGUUCAUAUCAUGUGAUUCAUUUCAUCAUCCAUAUUGAAACAUAUCACAUCAUGUGCAUGCGCAAGAGAUCAGGCGGAAGUGCGUCUCUUGUAGUUGUGAUUGUGCGGGACUUAGCAGUCAGACAUCACGGACCGGGCUUAGUGUACGUACAUGGUACUUAGGUUUUCGAGUACCACCCCUAUUUCUGCGUGAGUUCGUCGUACCAAAUGGGCGAAUCUCAUAGCUCAAGGCUCGUCCUUGCGACUUAGAAUCAUACAGCAUGAAGUCAUUAUCAAGUAAAAUCAUCAUGACUAUGUGUGACAUCCAUUACGCAUCAUGUUAUCAUCAUCAAGUACAUCGAUUACAUAGAUGUCAUGUAUUCAUCAUCAAGAACAAGUAUAUUGAUUAUAUGAGUAUCAUGUAAUCAUCCUCACAAGCAAAUUGAUUAAUUGUGCCAUCAUGUAAUUAUUAUUGAAUAUUUAUCAUCAUGAAUCAUCAAAUUGACCAUAUGAUAUAAUGUGCCAUAUCAUGAAUAUUAUUAUACAUUUGUGGACGUAUAUAUAUGUAUAUGUAUACGUCUGUGAAUCAUUCUACAAUUCUAGCGUGGUACCACUCAGCGGUUUCGCUGAGCGUGUAGUUUGUAUUUUUCGUUGACUACACGUAGGUAACAAGAAGACAAUGAUGGAACCAUUCCCGGAGGGCAUUGAGUCAGAGGAGAUGCAAGGAUAGCAGGCAAAUGUCUGAUCAAAAUAUUUUAAAAUAUGUCAUGAUUUGAUUAUUAUUGUACUUCCGCAUUACUCUGAAAAUAUUUUUAAAUGGGUCGCGAUCCAGAGUCUGUAAAUUUAAUAUUUAUAAUAAAUUGUCAUUUUCAAAUGUCAAGCGAAAUUUUUAUUUAUCCCUCGUUUCACCUUAAUUCGUGUAAUUCCGGAAAGUCUGAUCAUCUGAUUCUUGUUUUUCCAUCUUUAUUGAAUCCCCUCAUCUGUCUGUCUCUCUGAUAAUUAAAACAAGAAUCAAUCUAUCCAAUACAUUCAUUCAUUUUCUUUCCAUAUUGACCCAAUCCCAUUUUCUCUCUCUUUCUCUCUCUCUAUACCCACCAAACCAACACCCUUUCACACUUUAUGCAUCUCUCUAUCGGCAAACACUCAUAGCUGUGGUUGCAUAUAGUUUGAGCUUUGAUUUUGACUUGAGGUUGACCCAUAUCUGGUUCUGAGAUCAGGUGUUCCCAGCUAGUUCAAGCUUUGCCUCGCUUGGAAAGGAUAGAGAAGCUUUCUCGAAGCUUUGGGAUCCGAUAUGAGUAGUAGGGGUUGUGGGUUGACCCUGAUUUGAAUUGCUUUUUCUAAAAGUGGUCAAAUUGACACUUGCAUUAGCUUGCUGCAACUUUCUGGGCAUUGGGGAUGGGCUGCAAGAGUUCAAAAUUCGCAUCCUGGUGUUGGAGGGGACAGAAUCGGCCGAUUCAUGAGGAUCGCAAUCCGGAUGAUGAAGAUACAAAUGAAGCUAGCGACGUGCCCACUUUUAGGGAGUACACAGUUGAACAGCUGAGGAUAGCUACCUCUGACUUUGCAGUGGAGAAUAUAGUUUCUGAGCAUGGUGAGAAAGCUCCAAAUGUGGUUUACAAAGGGAAAAUGGAUAAUCAGAGGCGGGUUGCUGUCAAACGCUUCAAUAGAUCUGCGUGGCCUGAUGCACGGCAGUUUUUGGAAGAAGCAAGGACAGUUGGUCAGCUCCGGAACAACCGAUUGGCUAACCUUCUUGGCUGUUGCUGUGAAGGUGAUGAGAGGUUGUUGGUUGCAGAGUUUAUGCCUAAUGAGACUCUUGCGAAACAUCUAUUUCACUGGGAAACUCAACCAAUGAAGUGGGCAAUGCGGUUAAGAGUUGCCUUAUACCUUGCACAAGCUUUAGAAUACUGUACAAGCAAAGGACGUGCUCUUUAUCAUGAUCUUAAUGCAUAUAGAGUAGUCUUCGAUGAUGAUGGUAAUCCCAGGCUCUCUUGUUUUGGAUUGAUGAAGAACAGUAGAGAUGGAAAAAGUUAUAGCACAAAUUUGGCGUUUACUCCACCUGAAUAUUUAAGGACUGGAAGAAUAACUCCAGAGAGCGUCAUGUAUAGCUUCGGAACACUUUUGCUUGACCUUCUCAGUGGCAAACACAUUCCUCCAAGCCAUGCCCUUGAUCUGAUAAGAGACCGGAAUCUCCAGAUGCUAACUGAUUCUUGCUUAGAAGGUCAAUUUUCAAAUGAUGAUGGAACUGAGUUGGUUAGAAUAGCAUCUAGGUGCUUGCAAUACGAGCCUCGCGAGAGACCAAAUGCAAAGUCUUUAGUUGCCGCCUUAAUACCUCUUCAGAAGGAAACUGAGGUGCCAUCUCAUGUACUAAUGGGCAUACCAAUGAACGGUGAAUCUAUGUCUUUAUCUCCACUUGGUGAAGCUUGCUUAAGAAAGGACUUGACUGCCAUACAUGAAAUUCUACAAAAGCUUGGGUACAAAGAUGACGAAGGAGCAGCUACUGAGCUUUCGUUCCAGAUGUGGACCAAUCAAAUGCAGGAGACAUUAAACUCAAAGAAAAAGGGAGAUGCCGCUUUCCAACACAAAGACUUCAGGGCUGCAAUCGAUUGGUACUCGCAGUUUAUUCAGGUGGGGACCAUGGUUUCCCCGACAGUGUAUGCUCGCCGUUGUCUGUCAUACCUCAUGAGUGAUAUGGCAAAAGAAGCACUAGACGACGCGGCACAGGCACAAAUCAUAUCCCCUGUUUGGCACGUCGCUUCGUAUUUACAGGCCGUUUCUCUUUUCACAUUGGGGAGGGAAAACGACGCGCAAAUUGCAUUGAAAGAAGGGGCUGCUCUUGAGGGAAAGAAGAACACUUCCUAAGUUGCUCCAUAUAUUCACAGCCUUGUGUCUUCUUUAUAAGAAUGAAAUCACGACUUUUAAAAAAGGUUAUUAAUGCUCAGCUUAGUCUCUCUGCUGAUACGGCAUCGCCACUUGCUCUCUACUCAAAAAAAGGUCUUUCUUGGUUAGCGCGGGAAAUUAGUUGGGUGAGAUUGGUGAUGCUGGCUACUUUUUCUGCGAUUUAAACGAAAAUGUACAGUGCCUUUGCCUUGCUAUAUACAUGCUGUGCUUUUUUAGCUUGCUCAAGAAGAGUUUGACUGAUUUUUCUUUUUUUUUUUAACUUCUCUGGUUUCUCCCCCCCAAUUGGGUUGCUGUUUCACCAUUUGGUAAUUUCUGUGGGUGUAAGUUCUAAUUAUCUACAACCAAUUUACUUUACCCC